UCUCGGUCCCUGACCGGACGGUUUCUGCACAUAACAGAUCUCCAUUUAGACCGCUUCUACAAACCCGGAACGUCCACCGACGAAAAUGAGGCUUGCCACCAUGGAGAAGGAGACGCUGGAUCUUUCGGGUCUGCUGGAACAGACUGCGACUCGCCGGAGUCCCUGAUCAAUGAGACAUUCGCCUGGAUCGACAAGAAUUUGAAGGACGAUAUAGAUUUUGUUGUGUGGACCGGCGAUUCUGCCCGCCACGAUAACGAUGAGCGUAUACCACGAACCGAAAACCAAGUCGAAGAAUUCAACGCUGUCGUCGUGAAAAAAUUCGAAGAUGUCUUCCGGUCAGGCCGGAAUGACGAUCCGAGCGGGACGCUGGCCAUUCCGAUCGUGCCUAACAUUGGCAACAACGACGUCAUGCCUCACAACAUUUUUGAAAAAGGGCCUAAUCGAUGGACUGAGAUUUUGUCGAAGCUGUGGAAGCCGUUCAUACCAGAAGAGCAGCGCCACACUUUCCUUCAGGGCGGCUGGUUUGAAACCGAGGUCAUUCCCAACAAGCUGUCCGUUUUCAGUCUGAAUACCCUAUAUUUCUUCGACUCGAACAAUGCUGUCGAUGGAUGUGCUCAAAAGUCUGAGCCUGGGUACCAGCAAAUGGAGUGGUUACGGGUACAACUUCAACUAUUACGUGAACGGGGUAUGAAGGCGAUUCUCAUGGGACACGUCCCUCCAGCACGGUCAGGGGACAAGCAAGCAUGGGACGAAACAUGUUGGCAAAAAUACACCCUGUGGCUGCGUAAGUACCGAGACGUUGUGGUCGUCGGGUUAUACGGACACAUGAAUAUAGAUCACUUCAUGUUGCAAGACUCGGAGGAUGUGGAUAUAGACAGCCUUUUACUCGAAAUACCGAGCCCGCGAUUCGUUGAAGCAAAUAAUUACGAAAACUUCACCAUACAGUCCAAGGCGAGCUAUUUGACAAGUCUUCGUGAUCAAUGGGCGGGCCUGCCUUCUCCACCAGCAUCUGUUCUCGAGGAUGAGUGGUCUGCCGAGACUGAUGCUUUAGACGAGCUGAAGAAGAAGAAAAAAAGAAAGAGCGGCGGUAAAAAGAAGAAGAAGAGAGAUUUCUUUAAGAAAAUCGAUGGUCCAUUCGCAGAACGAUAUUCAAUUUCAAUGGUCUCACCCAGUGUCGUCCCAAACUACUACCCAACCUUGCGUGUGAUGGAAUACAACAUCACCGGGCUGGAGCAUACCCCAACAUGGGCCGAUGUUCAGCGGUUCGGCCAAAGCGAGCUAAAAAGAGGCGAGAAGUGGGAUGAGCGUGAAAUCGAGAUCCAAAAGUCCAAGUUACGGAUUCCCGAUGGACCAGCGAAGAGUGCACCGCCUGGGCCGGCGUAUUCAAACCAACCCUUCGCGCUGCUAAAUUAUGCUCAAUACUACGCUAACAUCACGAAAGCGGAAAAGUCAUCAAAAGACAGCCAUAUCCAGUACGAGCUGGAAUACCAUACUCGAGAUGACGGCGUGUACAAGCUCCCCGACCUCACAGUCCGGAGCUUAUUCCAACUCGCCAAACGGAUCGGGGAGGCAGCAGAUACUAGCAUCAACAACAAACAUAAAGACACCAGUGAAUUGAAAAAGAAAGGUAGAAAGAAAGUGUGGCGUGCAUUUCUCGAGCGGGCGUUUGUGGGAAUGUUGGACGAUGACAAAUUUGAAGACAUAGCAUAA